AUGGCCUAUUACUCCUAUUUGAUUAGUUUCGCUAUUGAUCCAGUUCAGAGCGGUUUUGUCUGCCGUAGUUUGCCGAAUUAUAAACAAUUCAAAGGACUGAAUGCAUUUAACGAAUACUUUGAUAUGUUGAAGCCGGGUACAGAUGCGAAAAGUAUUCCUGAUGUUUGGCCUGGAUAUUACAGAAUUGCUUUGGUUCAAUUUCAAAGUCGAGAUUUACCGCAAGUACUAGAAGAGAAGGUUAAAUCAUUACAUCCAGAACUUACCAGUGGCCCAAUACAAGAGCCGUUGUUUAAGACUUCGAAAAUGGAUAUUUCUCCCGAAUGCUUUCGAUUUGGCGAAGAGUGUGUAAAGGAAUCCAUGGCUUUAUACAUGACCCGUUCGUCCAAGUUAACAUUGACCGCUGCUCUUGAAGAAAUUCGAAGCAGAAUUAAUCCUAAAACGUGGAUCAUGAUACCGGAAGAUGAACUUCACAUGGUCAUUCAUCUGUAUGGUAGACAAUUGACAUGGCAACAAGUCGAAGAAAACCAUAUUCCUGCAAGCGUCAUGGCACACCCUAUUGAAUUUUAUCAGACAAGAUUGGAGAUAAUUCCAAGUCGGAACGCGGCCAAGUGGUCUUAUGAAGAGACCGGUGAUUUAUGGAGACUUGGUGUUACCACACUCGGUGGAUAUUGCUCGGGUUGCUGGCAUCGCAUACGAAGAAAGGAGUGGCGUGGUGUAUGUCCGGCAUGUAUGCAAUACGAACGUGUCAAACCAGUCUGGUCUGUUUCAAUUUCAUCGUCGCCUGAUUCAUCGAAAGAUUCAAACUCGAAUCGAACAACAAUGGAGCCUCCUUUAGAUCUGAGCUCUUUGCGAUUGGAGAAACAACUGCCAUCCAACAAUAAUUUUGAUUCGCCGUAG